AUGAAAGCCUCUUUGAUAGGUAACAAUGUAAGCGCAUCAACAAGAUCUACUGCAGUUUCUGAUGAAGAAACAUCGUCGUUGUGUUCCUUCGCAUCAAUGUCUACAACUUUUCAAGUCUACUGGACAGAACGUCCUCCUAGUUCUUACUCCCUCAAAAUCCAGAACAUCGCACAACUCAUCGGUGGAAAAUCCCAAUCCCGUCGUUUCUCAGUAGCUGGCUACGACUACAAUUGGUACUUAUUUACUAUUCCAGUAUUGGUAAUUUAUCUAAAUCCUGAAACUUACAUAUAUACACAAGUGAAGCGUUUUAAUGCACUGAAGAAGGUAUGGGGAUCUUCUCAAAUUCUUCCACUUGAGUUUUUCAGUGAUCCAAAAAAUGGAUAUAUAUUUGAGGAAGAUCAAUGCGAAUUUGGAGUUGAUGUGACGAUUGAUUCAACCCUUGCCAACUGGGAAAUCGUCUCUUUUAAUGAGAAUUUAUGUUAUUCCAAAUUCUUCUUUAAUGUCAAGAAUAUCACGAUACUUGGAGAACAUGUUUGUUACAUGUCUAAUACAUUUUCAGUGGGAGGAAAGACAUGGGUACUGAAGUUUCAUCGCAAGUGGUUCUCUACGUUGGACGACAAAUGGAUCUCCAUUUUUCUGCAUCUGGCCGACAAUGAGAGCUUAUUACGGGAUGAGAGGAUUUACACGCGUGGUCAUUUCCGAGUUCUAGACCCAUGUGGAUCUAAUCACACCACAGAGAAAUUUAUCGGCUGGCAUGAUCAAUCAAACUCAGGUUGUGGUCACGACAAAGUGGUGUCAAUGGAUAAGCUCCGAGAUGUUUACUUGGACGAAAAAGAGACUUUGAGCGUAGGGAUAGAAUUUGAAGUUAUCUCUGCGACCAAUUACUCUCCCAUUAUCUAA